CUUCCCUCCUUCCUUUCUCCCCCUCCGUUGCUGCGGGAAGCAGCGAGGGAGCUGCAGAAAGUCAGUCAGACAGGGGAAGGCGGUCAAGCGCUUGGCCCCUCCUGCCUUCUGCGUCGGGCGCUCUGGGAAACUUUUGGCGACUUCUGCCUUUCUAGCAAGAGGGGUGGAGAUAUUGACCGGACUGGGCAGUCUUGGGUCAUCCCUGGGACGGUAGGAGGGUUUCAGCCUUUUAGAAAAGUCACGUCAGAAUGCAGCCCGGCCCUGCGCGCGUGUUUACUUGCGAGUCGGCGGGACUCGCCCCCUAGUGAGCGUGCAUUAUUAGGAGGAGAGCGGGACAGGAGGGGCUUUGCGCUGGAAAUCCUAUACGCGUGUCUGUUCAGCAGGGAGCCCCAUUGAGUUCACACGAACUUGCCCUCAGGUAAGUGUGUCUAAGGGCUGCACUGCUGUUCUGUCAGCCGGUGCCGGGGAUGAAAGUGGACCGAAAGGAAGACUCACCCAGACUUGUUUCAGGAGACAUUUAUCGGUGAGUCAGGGAUGGUCAGCUGGCUGGGUAAAUUCAGAAGUCGGGUGUGGUAGUACUGAUGGCUAGACUCACAAAAUCUUUACCAUGUGGCUGCAAUCUUGGCUGGGCAGUGUAAGAACUGACCAGGAGGAGAAUCCAGUGCUUGGUAGUGUGUUGGGGUUUAAGAAAAAAAUAAAAUAAAAUAAAAACUUUUGUCAGGGGUCUUCAUCUGUACGUGCUGAUUUGCAAAUUUUAAAAAUAUUUCCCUGUUGAGUAGCUAGAAGAUGCAGAGCCCUGAAGACUGUGCAUUAAAAAACCCUGGCCAUGUUGCGAACCUAAAGAGCUGGCUAGCUGAAGCAGCCGGACAAUCUUGGAACAGUUCAUGGCUAAGUGGAAUGGGAGAAUGGAGGCCGAUCUGUGGCUAUAGGGCUGGCACAGAGCUUUAAAGCUGCAGUUGCAGGUCUUGGCAUAAAUACUGAGGAUGGGUGAAUGCCUGGCAUUUUGGUGUAACCUUUGAGUAAGGCAGUAUCUUCCAUCAAGAAGAGACGGGGUUGAGGAAGGCACUAUGGGGACUGCUUCAUCGUUGGUGAACCCCAUCGGCACGGUCGGGGAGGUGAUUGAAGACACCUACGAGGGAGGUGGUGGCGAAGCUUGCGAGAUCCCCGUGGAGGUGAAGCCCAAAGCCCGCCUCCUGCGUAGCUCCUUCCGUCGUGUAGGGACGUCGCGGCCUGGAGGCCUCAUCGGAGCCAGCUUCAAGUCCACAGCGUCCGUACAGGAGCUGGAAUGCAUGGCGGAGUACGAGCGCCUGAAAAAGGAGUACGAGAUCUUCCGCAUCAGCAAGAACAACGAGGUGGCCUCUAUGAUGAAAAAGGAGAACAAGCUGGAUAAGGAGAACAAGAGACUUCGGGCAGAGCUACAGGUAACUUGAAAGGCUGGGGCAGCCAUCUUGGGCUAGCAAAAAGAGGCAUAGGUUUACAAGACCAAACAUAAUAAAACAACAACACCACCACCACUUUGGAAUUGGAGAGCAGCUUCUUGCAAGCUGCCAAUUUUUCUAUUCUGACACUUAGACAUUAACAGUCAAAACCAUUGCUUAGCUGUAAUUUUUCAUCCUAGGGAAAACUCUCUCUCUCUCUCAAUAACACUGGUCUUUUUUUAGGCACUUCAGAAAACCUAUCAAAAGAUACUCCGGGAGAAAGAAAGUGCUCUAGAGGCCAAAUAUCAAGCCAUGGAGAGAGCAGCUACAUUCGAACACGACCGGGACAAAGUCAAGAGGCAGUUCAAGGUAAAUUGCUCCUUCUAGCAGCCAAUUCAGGUGCCGGGUGCCGGUAGCUUUUGAAACCAGGAGUGUCCGCUGUGAAACAAAAAGGAGGUAUCAAUAUGCUUGGGGAAUAUGUACGGGGGGACCUCCCUGCAACUCAGUGGGCACUGAACACGUAUGCCGCGCGUCUGUUAAUGGGAGAAAACACAAAACUAGAGGAAGGAAUCAAAUGGAGCAUUUUGAAGAAGGAAAAGUGGCCGAAACCCUAAACAGGGCCACUCCACACUGCAAGAUUUUGUUGCAGUUCCCAUUUGUGUCUACUUAUUUUCCUUCUGUCUUUCACAUUGCGUCGUGGUGGGGGCUGAGGGUCCUGUUGCUUGUACACUGGACUGUCCCAGCUGGUGUUAGUUUCAUGCCAGAAUGAAAGGACUCUCACAUACUAUUAAGUGGUGUUUUAUAACAGCUGUAAAUUCUGGCUGGUCAUAUAUAGUUAACCUUACUUUUUUAUAUAGAUUUUUAGAGAAACCAAGGAAAAUGAAAUUCAGGAUUUACUGAGGGCUAAGCGGGAUCUGGAGGCAAAACUGCAGAGGCUGCAGGCCCAAGGCAUCCAGGUCUUUGAUCCUGAGGAGUCGGAUUCAGAUGACAGCUGCACUGAGGUUACCGGUAAGAAUUUUAACCUCCUGCUUUUGCCAGUCGUGGGGGGACAGUGUAUAUAAAUACAGUGGUACCUCGGGUUAAGUACUUAAUUCGUUAUGGAGGUCCAUUCUUAACCUGAAACUGUUCUUAACCUGAAGCACCACUUUAGCUAAUGGGGCCUCCCGCUGCUGCCGCGCCGCAGUCACGCGAUUUCUGUUCUCAUCCUGAAGCAAAAUUCUUAACCCGAGGUACUAUCUCUGGGUUAGCGGAGUCUUAACCUGAAGCGUAUGUAACCCGAGGUAACACUGUAUGUAGCAUAAGAUAGACAAAAAGCUAUCGGCUUCUAUUCCUGGUGGAUUUAAAAAACUAGUACAUAAUAUUAACUUUUAAACAAUUAUAAUCUGCUAAAUUACUACCCACCCACCCAUGAACUCAUCACACAAGCCAUUUCAAAUUGUAGUAUCGCUGUACAGUGAUCCUCACGUGCACCACUGCCAACAGAUGCUAUUUGGCCCCCAAAUGUUGCACCCCACCCCAAACUCCUAGCGGUGCAAGAUUCCGUGGGUCUUAGGUGCUUCCCCAGUGUUCAUGUUUCCUUUUGGAAAUGAGGCACAGCAGAGACUGCGGUGUCUUUAUGAUAUAAAGUUUUACCUACAUAUAUAUACAACCUAAGCCUAUGAUGGAGGGGUUGCAGCAUUAACACCCCAAAAAGGUCUUAAUUUUCCGAUAGCUCUAGUCUUGGAUUCAAACAGGAAUCAAACAAUUGCUCUCAAAUACUGUUCUGACUCUCCAGCUUGCUGAUUUAAUUCUUGGUCACAUCACUGCAACUCAACUCCUAAACCUUCUAACUAUUUGCCAUCUCACACAGAGCGUCUUUCCUUUGUUUCCCUUAAUGGCCAAUCACCCAAGAUAUUACAUCAACACCAGAAGCUAGCCUGGGUUAUACAAUGAUAAUAAUCUGAUUACGUUUUAAGCUGUUGCCUUACAUUACUAAUAAUGAUGAUGAUGAUGAUAAUAAUAAUAAUAAUAAUAAUAAUAAUAAUUUAUUUAUACCCCGCCCAUCUGGCUGGGCUUCCCCAGCCACUCUGGGCGGCUUCCAACAAAAUAUUAAAAUACAGUAAUGCAUCAAACAUUAAAAGCUUCCCUAAACAGGGCUGCCUUUGAUAAUUCAUCAUUUGAUUUAUGUUACACUGAUUAAAUUGUUGCAUGUCGCCUAAAUGACUAGGUAAUUGAUGACCAGUCUAUGUAAACAAUAGGUAUCCAUCAGUAAAUGCUUGUUUCAUUUUUAAGCCACUGGAGCUCAGACUGAGUAUUGGACUGGCGGUGCUUUGGGAAGCGAGCCUUCCAUGGGCAGCAUGAUACAGCUUCAGCAGUCCUUCCGAGGCCCUGAGUUUGCACAUAGCUCCAUAGAUGUGGAAGGGCCAUUUGCAAAUGUCAACAGAGGUAAGGGCUUGGUUCUCUCUGAAGCAAGGGUAAUUAAAAUUUUAAAAGACCCGAGACAAAAUCUUGCAGUGUUGUAUCACUUCAAGGCAAACUGUGGCUGAAAUGCGGAGUCGACCUGCAGAACAAUUCAUCUUUUCAUCAGUGUUUUAGUUAUAUCAUGUACCAGCACAAAUUCCAGCUUCUUUGCAGAUGACCUGUAGUGGCAAUUGAGGUUUAAACUGGUGAAAUAACGAUUGAUUGAUUGAUUGAUUGAAUGAAUCUUCCCUCCCUAUCCUGAAAUGGGUGUUGUGUUGUUGUGGUUGUUAGAAGCAUCACUUUUCAAAUUCAGAAGUCGUAUGUGUGUCUCUCUUUGUGUGAAGCCACCCAAAGGGACUUCUUUUCUUUUUAAAGAGAGCACUACGGCACACGUACUUGGUAGCCCAGGAUAUUUUCAUUCGCUGCUACGAAACGUGACAUUCAGUUUAAAGAAAUAUUGAUGAAUGAACAACAUUUUGUGGACCUUAAGUUCCAGCCUGGCAACAUUGACAGGCCAUGCCAAUUGCAUACCGUCCCCUGUGGCUGCUGGAAGAGCAUGGUGGGAGGGAUGGACUGGCUGGCCUGCAUUAAGCCGAUUGGUGGUUUUGAAUCGGCUAACAAUGUGUUUGUGUGUGUUGUCUUUUCUUACGUUUGCAGAUGACUGGGAUGCAGCUGUCGCUAGUUUGCUGCAAGUCACUCCCUUGUUUUCCCACUCUUUGUGGAGCAAUACAGUUAGGGUGUAUCUCAUCAGUACGGAAGAGACUCAGCAAGAAGUAGACAUCUUCAUACAGGUGAUAAAAAUGCGUGCAGGAUAUACUAGUGAUUUUCGACACUUUUCUGCAUUCUGUUGCCACAACACUUUGCAAUCUGCUUCACAUGGACAAUAAACCGUAUCCUGAUUUCACAGUUUUCGAAACAGGGAACAUUGCCCAGUUAGUAGAGCCUGUGUUUUGUAUUUAUAAGAUUUCUAGGUUACUGCUUGCCAUUUUCCAGUUUAAAAGUAAUUUUGAGUCAUAUUGCUGAGCGAGGUGUCUGCCUCAAGGUAUAGAGAACUGCUACCCACCAGAGUAGACAGUAUAAGCCUUAAAUAUAUUACUCGGCUCAUAAAUAAUGUGGCUUUUUUAUGUCAUAUGGUGUGAAAUUUUCUGAAUUUAUGACGUCUUGGUGACCUGGUGUGUGACACAAUGAAUCACUUCAGUGCAAAGAGUGUAUUAUUCUGGCUGUGUGACACAGCAACUUUAUUUUGAAUUUUGGUUUGAUCAGAAUGUAACUUCCAUCCACCUGGUUGUAGUCCACACUGUCAUUUAUUUACCUAUCUACCAACAAAAUCUCAGUAUAAUGUACAGCAACUGGAUAUGUGUUUUAUUAUAGUUAUGCUUAGCUUGAAAUGCCCCUGGGCCUUUGCAAACCUUUUUGAGAAAGGGAAGUUCAAACCCCUCCAAACCAGAACUGCUGCCUUCACUUUGAACCUACCCGAUCACUAAAAUCAAUGUUGAAAUCUGGAUUCUGCGACCAUUGGAGGUGCAGUGGGUGGGAGGUCCAGUGUUGUGGAACACUCUUCCAACAGGGGUCCGUCCGACACCAUUGCUACCCAUGUUUCGUGGAGCAAUGAAAAUACGGCUGUUCUAGUGAGCUUUUGGGUCUUACGUCAACUGAUUUGAAACUCUUCUAUUUUCAACUGUGCGUGAAAUUGUGCUGUGAUCUUGGGUAUUAUUCUUGUGCUUGUAUAAUAUAUUAUUUUGGUCUUUCAGUACUAUCUUUGCUCGGUUGUGUGGACCAGUUUGAGUAUCCUUGUAUAGAAAAGCGAGUUAUAAAUUAUUGUAAGUAAAUAAAUCUGAGAAACGAAAGAAUGGGACUGUCUCUUGGCAUGUCCUUGGCAUCGUCCAGAGUGUCUUGUAGCUAACUGGAGAGAAAAUAAAUCGAUUUAGGAAGGAAGGUGGUAUCCAGCAUGUCAAAUGACUCUCAGGCUUACAACCCACUACUAGUAAUCAUUUAUGAAUGACUGUGGCUGAGAGUAGACUUAAUGGUUAACAGUGAUUACUGCUAGCCAGAGUUUCUUGUGUUAACCCCGAUUAGAGAAACCCAGCGAAACAAUGGCUUAGCUUGCUCAAUCUUGUUUUUUGUGAUGGCAAUUUAGCACCCAUAACAAAACCCACGUUUUCCUCUUAACUUUCAGAAAUACUCUCCCAAACUUCGGAAAUAUUGUGAAACAAUGGAAUACUUCUUCCAAGCUGUCCAUUUUCCAGUAGAAACCGAAAGUACUUUCCAGGCUGUGAGAAAAUGGGAAAUUGAGAAAAGCUCUUUAGCCAUUUUGUUCUUGCAUCUGAAUUUGCCAAGGUGAGUUAGCAGCUUAGGAAACCGUUAAACAGAAACAGGCAAGUACAUCAGUAAAAGUGGACUAUGUCACUAAGAUGUUCCUGGGUAUAUGGAAUAUAUUUUCAAUCAGUUUUGUUUUUAAAUACUUGAAUACAGAACCUGCCUUAAACCAGAUUAAAAAACUCAGUUUGUCUCAACACCACAGGUUUUCUAACAUAUUCCAAUUGAAGUACGCUUACUUUAUUCAGAUGUAUACACCAGAAUUCUUCCUAGAAAGAAUACUAAGAGCGCAAUGUCUAAUGCCUACUUACUGUGUUUAAUGGGGUUUAUAGGAUUGCAGCCUAAGGGUACUUUUCCUUAAAAGACCCAUUUGGUUUUAUUUAUUUUUGUGUCUUUCUUUACAACUCUGAAUCUCAGUACGUUUUUGCCCUCAGUUUUUUAAAGGCACGUUGCUUGUUUUGUGAUAAAAAGGCUUGUCCCUUUUUGACUGGAGCCUUUUGUAGAAAAAAGUGCACCCUUGCGGCUGAUGUUGAUGAAAACUGUGUGCUACAGCAGAAUAGUAUAUAGCACAAAAAUGCUGGUUUUUCAAUCUAGCUGCCUGCUGGAUGAGUGCGAAGAAGCCUUCUUGAAAAACCCUGAAGGGAAGCCCCGGCUUAUUUGCCACCGACUGGAAGAUGGACAAGUCGGUUCGGAUUCUGUGCAGCGAUUAGUUGAGCAAGUUCGUUAUGUGAACAAAACAAAGGUAAUCAGAGUGUGCUGAAGGUUGGUACAUUUAUCAGUUUUCUUAUUUUGUAACCGUUUGUAGAAGCUGGUGUUAACAUAAUUUGUAUGUGAUGCCUUAAAUAAUUUUUUUUUAAGGAUAGUGCAUGCAGGAAGAUAAUGAAAUAGCACACAUUCAGGCAAUUGAAUGCAACCUGAUCGUGCAAUCCCAAAUCAGUUUUGCUUCCCAGAUAGUUGUUUACUGUCACGCUGCAAUAGUUGUUUCUGUCUUUAAUAUAAAUAUCUAGUGGAAAAAAGGUUGAGGUUUCCAAAAAGAGAUAUUGCUUCUAAGAUUGCUGUGAUAGUAAUAUUUUUCACCUUGAACCCUAAUGAGGAAGGAUUUUUAUUUUUUAUUUUUUGGCCUUUAAAAUGUGCUUUUGUUUAUGUAGUUCAGUUCUGGGAAAAAAUGUUCUGUCCUUAAAAUUAAUUUGAUUCAAAGAAUGAAGAUACUUCGAAUUUCUCUUCCCUACUAGCAUUCAUUUUUGUCUUCUGUCAUUCCUGCUCUUUGUACUACAGUACUGAGUUUGAAAUGGCUGUGAUUGGGUGGUUAUUGCAUAACGGUGCAAAUUUUAAAUACAGCCCUUCAUCCAAAUAUGCAGAUUGGCCUGAUGAUCCACACCCUUUGAAAAGCAACAACCCAAUUUAAUUCUUUUUGUGAUAUUUAAUUUUAAAAUGUAAACAAGUUUGUGUAUGUUUGUAACGAAGCAAUUUUUAAAAGGAAAAGAGUAGCUCAUCUAGGCUUCCUAUGGAAUCAGGAGAUUGAAUUAUUGUUGCCUAGGAGAGUAGUAUGCUGAACUGACUUUCUGUUUUUUUAAAGUGUGCAAAUCUUUUCUGAAUAAGAUGCCCCAGGUCUGUAAAAACAACUUACUUCUAUCUGGAGACGUAGUCUUUUCAGAAUCAUUUCUCUCUCCUCCUACCCCAGAUCAUCAGCCAUAUGGGAGGAGAAGAGGAAGGAGCCCGUGAAGUCUAUAAUUAUGUGGAAAAGACCAUAAAACAGGUAUUUCCCCAAAGGCCAGUUGUCUGGGGGAAAAGCAGUGUAUAAAUGCUGUGAUUUUUUUAAAAAGGAGUAAAUCAACAUGGGGUUCUUGACUUUCGUUUGCAUAAAUAGGGGUUGCUUCACACAUUGCAUUAUUAUAUACAUAUCUAAAGUAUAUUUUAAAGCAUCUUAUUUAAAGCCAGAGGGGGAAACCAAAAGCAUUUGGCUUCAGCUUUAGAACUAAUUGCAGGUUUAGGUAAUAUCCAAACUUCGGGAAACUGUGGGUUGCUUGAACUGUGGUUGGUGAGAACAAGCAAAGAUCUGAAAUCAUGAUUUGUCCCCGGCUUGUUCUCAAUAACCACCCUGAAAUUGUAAAAAAGAAGAAGAAGAAGAAAGGUAAAUGACCCCUGGACUCUUAAGUCUAGUCAAAGGUGACUAUGGGGUUGCGGCGCUCAUCUCACUUUCAGGCUGAGGGAGCUGGUGUUUGUCCACAGACAACUUUCCAGGUCUUGUGGCCAGCAUGACUUAAACUGAUUCUGGCACAACGGAACACCGUGAUGGAAACCAGAGCACAUGGAAACGCCGUUUACCUUCCCACCAGAGUGGUAUCUAUUUAUCUACUUGCACUGGCAUGCUUUUGAACUGCUACGUUGGCAGGAGCUGGAACAGAGCAACAGGAGCUCACUCCUUCACGGGGAUUCAAACUGCCAACCUUCUGAUCGGCAAGCCCAAAAGGCUCAGUGGUUUAGACCACAGCGCCACCCAUUUCCUCCUGAAAUAGAACAUCAGCAGAAUGGUUUGUUUGACAUCAGAAGCUUCCAGUCUCUUUCCUUGUAUGCUCAGAAGAGGAAAAAACAGAGAAAGCGUGUAAGCCCAAGAUUUGCUGUAGUAGGAAAACCAUGGUUUUAUGUUAAGUUUGAACUGGACUGAUGGCAGGACAUCCCUAAAACACAUGAACUAUAUGAAGAAAGGAUGAUUCCACCAAAGCCCACCUGAAUUUGGUGGUGGAGAAGUCCUUGGGGUAGAUUUAAGCCCCAGCACCUCCUUCUUUAGGGACGCGGGUGGUGCUGUGGGUUAAACCACAGAGCCUAGGACUUGCCGAUCAGAAGGUCGGCGGUUCGAAUCCCCGCGACGGGGUGAGCUCCUGUUGCUCGGUCCCUGCUCCUGCCAACCUAGCAGUUCAAAAGCACGUCAGAGUGCAAGUAGAUAAAUAGAUACCGCUCCAGCGGGAAGGUAAACGGCGCUUCCGUGCGCUGCUCUGGUUUGCCAGAAGCGGCUUAGUCAUGCUGGCCACAUGACCCGGAAGCUGUACACAGGCUCCCUCGGCCAGUAAAGCGAGAUGAGCGCUGCAACCCGAGUCGGUCACGACUGGGCCUAAUGGUCAAGGGUCCCUUUACCUUUACCUCCUUCUUUGGGCACUGACCACUUCGUAGACAAGAGUCACUCACUGCUUCUUCAUAGGAUUUGUUUUUCUGCUAACAUAGGAUAUACUGGGCUGUGAAAUUACACAACUGGAAAGGAAGGGCGCAACAGACAGUGCUGAGCCUUCCAUUCCCGAAGAGGAAAUUUUUGGAGACGUGCUGUGGGAUGCUCACGAUGAACAAGAACAGAUGGAGGCCUUCCAGCAGGCGUCCAGUUCAACUUCUGAGCUUGGAUUUGAGAAAGUAAGUUUGUGCCCUAUUUUAAGGCAAACAAUAAGUGUUUGUGUCUGUUUUUCUUCACUUGCAGCAGGGCUGCCACUCUUGCAGGAGGAGUGGGGUUUGCAAACAUCCCCGGAGGCUUUCAGUCUUCAGGCUGAAGGCGGCCAUAUGUCUCAGGCAGACGAUUCGGUUGGUUCUGGGACAAUUGCCAAAUGUGCCUAUACCAAGGAGAAAAUGUAAUGAUCGUAUUCCAGCUGGCUGUAUGCUUCCUUGCUAUUGAAGUAACAAGUAUAAAAACUUAACCUUAAGUCUAGGCUGCUCCCAGACAAAGGUUUUCUGAGAGCUUUCCAGCAACGGUGCUCAUUCUGCCAGUGCAAAAGGCAAAUUGGGGGACAGCACAAGGUGGCUCACAGCUGACAAAAAACAAGUGAGCAUGUGCAACCUCCUCAUUCAGGUGUAUUUCAAACCACUUGAGGAUCAGAGCCACAGUGCAAAACCAGUUAUGGGGGAAAUCUAUUGACUUGGCAAGUCUCUAGUGGUACCUCGGGUUAAGAACUUAAUUCGUUCCGGAGGUCCGUUCUUAACCUGAAACUGUUCUUAACCUGAAGCACCACUUUAGCUAAUGGGGCCUCCCACUGCCGCCGCGCUGCUGGAGCACAAUUUCUCUUCUCAUCCUGAAGCAAAGUUCUUAACCCAAGGUACUGUUUCUGGGUCUGUAACCUGAAGCGUCUGUAACCUGAAGCAUAUGUAACCCGAGGUACUACUGUAUAUGUUAGGUCCCUUUGAACAAGAUAAUCUUUAAAACAAAAUGCUUGAUAACUGUACGAAUUUUAACUGAGAUCCUGCACCUGCUUACAUGCAAACCACUGCUGUUAAAAUUAACAGGAACUGCUUCUGAAUCUAAAGGCUGAAGGUCCUGUUGACUUUCCUGGCACUUAAAAUAUGUUUGGGUUUUGCUGCAUUGUACGCUAUUUCUGCAAUACACUGGUUUCUUUCAUACACAGAAAUCUAAACAGAACACUGUUGGCAAGAAGGGCACCAACUCUAUGUAUACAUUCCUUUGCACAUGGAGGUGUGCUCCCUCUGUGUUUUAAUCAAAGGGGCAGCACAUGCGCAGGGGAGCUGGGUGUUCAAUGGAACAUGCGCAGGGGCCUGGAUUGUGUACAAUGGCUUGGCUGCCAAGACUCCAGAAAGCAUAUUUGAAGGGGGAAAUGUACAGUGGUACCUCGGGUUAAGAACUUAAUUCGUUCUGGAGGUCCAUUCUUAACGUGAAACUCUUCUUAACCUGAGGUACCACUUUAGCUAAUGGGCCUCCCGCUGCUGCCGCGCGAUUUCUGUUCUCAUCCUGAAGCAAAGUUCUUAACCCGAGGUACUAUUUCUGGGUUAGCGGAGUCUGUAACCCGAAGCGUCUGUAACCCGAGGUACCAUUGUACUCACGUUAGAAAUGUAGCUCAUGGAAUAGUGGUGCUCCUAGAGUUCAAAAAGUCAUACAUUGGAAGAAAUUGUUUCAUGCUAAGUGAAUUUAAGAGUUUUGCGGAUGUAUCUUUUCUAUCACAUUUACAUAAAUCAAUGUUGGAAGGAUUGCACCUGUUUCUGGGUAUGUUGAAUUUCAGUAUAUUGGCUGUAAGAGGCGAUUCUGCAUUUUGGUGGGGAAAGGGGCCUAGGCUAAAAGCAAAGCUGUCCCUCCAGAAUUUUGAAGAAUCAUACUAAAUCCUUUAGUUAUAAGAGCAUGUGCUAUGACACUUCUAAUGACGUGAUGGUGAGAGACCCUUAAUUGAAUGUCUGACUUUUUUUUUUAAAAAAAAAGGGCAAAGGCAUCCAGACAUUCAAGUCUACUUGUGAAAUAUUUAUGUGGUUUGCAUAUGAUGGUUAGUGGUUUGCUGUGACCAUGCCUUAGAGAGCUCUCUUGCUCCUCCCACUCAUGCAUUGAGGAAAUAAACAAUGAUCCCUGGCUCAGACAUAAGCACAAAGCCAGCGGUCUUUACUUGCUUCCUCUGUCCAUGAGUCGGGAGCAAAAGAGCCCUCUUAUCAUGGUAGCCUAUUAACCAUGUGGUGUGUGAAUGGGGCCAGUAUUUGAGAAAGUAAACUUAGCUCAGCUCUCCACUGAGUGAUGCUGGCUACUACGUUUGUGAGCUAAUCUGUGACCAAGACAGUGUCCUUAAGAAUACUAAUGUGGACACAAGCCAAUUAAAUUCAGCGUGACUUAGGAGUCAAUGUGGUUAGAACUGAGCGUUUGGGGGACCCAAGAUGCUGUUAUAUCUUCUUCUUAGAUCACACAGAGCCUCAAGAUCAAAUAGAUGCUUAGAUUUUUGAAUCACUCUGUUUCUUGACUUAACCCCAGAGCUCUUUGUUACGAUGCCUGAUUUUUGUUUGCAGUAUUACGAACGCCUGAAUGACUUGGUGGCAGCUCCAGCGCCAAUCCCGCCCCUUCUCGUGUCCGGAGGACCAGGCUCAGGAAAAUCUCUCCUUUUGUCAAAAUGGUAUAGUCUUUUAAGUGUUUUCCUUCUUUGUUUUUACUGUGGGUCCCCAUAGUUGCACCCAAUAAAGUUGCAGGAUAUAACGGAGAAAGUUCACAAGAGCAGCCUUUCAGAGCUGAACCAGAUAUGCCAGUCCUAGCGUGACAGCUAAGGGGACGUAAUGAGGGAGCAGUUGCCUUGCUUAGAGCUGAGUUAGUGUUCCCUAGGGACCUUCUUUUGCAAAAUGGAGUCAAAGCUGGACUCUAGCUCCUAUAGUGGGACAGGAUCUGUUCCUGCUGUGUCUCCUCCUCCUCGGCCUUUCAGUUCUGUGUGGGGUUUUUUUAACAACCCCACCCCCCAAUAUUCCGUAGCGAAGAUGGGGAAGCCAUGAUCCUCUGGGUGUUGAUUUCCCUGCCUAAAUCCCAUGGACGCUGCUGAGUAAGAGGUCCCAAGUCCACAAAAUAGCUCUUGGAUAGAAAUAAACCUGGCAGAUAGAAGGUACUCUGCAAAUGUUCAAAAGCACGGUCCUUUUGGAAGCCAAGAGAAACUAUUUCUCUUGGAAAUAGGACCCUUGUACCUACGGGACUGCCUCUCCCGAUAUUGGGGAUGAUGGGAUGGUAGUCCAGCAUCAUAUGGAUGGCCACAGGUUCUCUGUCCUGCUUCUAUUGUGGCCACGCCCAAGUGUUUUGCCUUUCUAUGGGUCGGAAGGAAAUCCUGCACAUGCCUAAUAACUGCAGGGUCAGGUUUUUGCCAUCUUUUUAGUGGUCUCAAAAUGGUUGAAGAGCAAAUCUGAGGUGGCUGGGAGGUGAUCAUACAGACCUUCCUCACCCACUGAUUAACUGCCUCUGUCCUGUUGAGAGAAAUCAUUCGGCUGAUAAGCCCCAUAAACACGAAUCCCCUUUGGACAGAGUGGGUUGUCUCCAAAUAAUAUGCUGUACAGACUUUAAGUCCAGACAGUUGGCUGCUCCUGUUUGUCCACUUUCAAAAUAUGUGUAUACACCCCCGGUUCCCUUGCAGCAAGACAUGGAUGGUCAGAAUGGUCAAUUUGGCUAAUGCCCCCUGAAAGCACAGUGCAUUUAUAAGUGCUGUCAACAAACUCAGUGGCAGGGCACAUGUUGUGCAUGCAGAAGGGGCCCAGCACCUCAAGCCGGGCUGGGAAUGAACCCUGCCUGAGAACUAGUACAGUGGUACCUCGGGUUAAGUACUUAAUUUGUUCCGGAGGCCCGUUCUUAACCUGAAACUUAACCUGAAACUGCCAACCUAGCAGUUCGAAAGCACGUCAAAGUGCAAGUAGACAAAUAGGUACCGCUCUGGCAAGAAGGUAAAAGGCGUUUCCGUGCGCUGCUCUGGUUCUCCAGAAGCGGCUUAGUCAUGCUGGCCACAUGACCCGGAAGCUGUACGCCAGCUCCCUCGGCCAAUAAAGCAAGAGGAGUGCCACAACCCCAGAGUCAGCCACGACUGGACCUAAUGGUCAGGGGUCCCUUUACCUCUACCUCUGGUUACGUACUUAAUUCGUUCCAGAGGUCUGUUCUUAACCUGAAACUGUUCUUAACCUGAAGCACCACUUUAGCUAAUGGGGCCUCCCGCUGCUGCCACGCCGCCGGAGCACAAUUUCUGUUCUCAUCCUGAAGCAAAGUUCUUAACCCGAGGUACUAUUUCUGGAUUAGCAGAGUCUGUAACCUGAAGCGUAUGUAACCUGAAGCAUAUGUAACCCGAGGUACCACUGUACUGGGCUAAACGGACCAAUGGUUUCAACUUGGUGCAAAGCAUCUUCCUACAUUCCUAUACUGGUCCCAAUAUUUCCCGCAUACUGAUCAUCCUUCUCUGCUCAUUUUUUUUUUACAUUUAAAUACAGCCGUCUCAAAAUAUUAAAAACAGUAAAAACAGUAAACUAACAUUCCAAAAGAUCAUUAGCACUAUUUAGAUGCCGUAAUGCAACUUUGAAAAUGUAUGUUCACGAGAAACCCAUCUUCUCCCUUGUUUGUCUCUCCACCUUCUCCCUAGGAUUCAGUUGCAACAGAAGCAUUCGCCAAAUACUCUCAUCCUAUAUCAUUUCGUUGGGAAACCUUUGUCUAGCAGUUCAGAGCCUGCGCUGAUUCUCAGACGUCUCACUUUAAAGGUAUUUCAAAAAAAUAAAAUAAAGUAAAAAUUGGGCAGGGCAGAAUCGUCAAAGUCUUUUUAAGGACCUGAAUGCCUGUGUGCUAAAGAAAAAGUCAAGAACUAUUUUAAUGGGCCUUGAAUUUCUGAUUUGACAGUAAGCCAUCAAAUGGUGUACUGUGAACAUUCUGAUCCCUGGCAAGGAGGUCAUUCCCAUUUUUUCCUUCUCUGGGCCUUCGGGUCAACACGGGAUUGCAGCGAAGCAAAGGUUAGGCUUAGUAUGUUGAAUCUUUGACCACGGUUAAGCCCUCUCCUUAUUAACCAUGGGGCGUAGCCAAGAUUUGGCCUAUGGUUACAGGUUGUGGUUGAGGAGAAGAGGCCUUAACCAUGAUUUUGGAUGACAUGUUAAGCCAAAUGCUGGCCUAGCUGGUCUGGUGGGCUGCAUUAACCCCCAUAACAUGGAGAAGAGCAAAAUGGCUGCAUUUUCCUUCUUGGGAGCCAGUUAAAGAUGGACUUCAUGUGAUAUUCGGACGUGAGCAAUAUCUGCUUUGUCUCAAAUGCCAUGAAACUGCAAAAACAAUCUCUAGGACACUGAAAUAUAUAUAUAUCUUAGGAAUACCAGUUAGUUCAUAACAAAAAAACAACAACCCUGAGAGUUAAUGCACUGAGUAAUAUGUUUUCCUGGCUAUUCCCAGCCAUCUGGACAACGAAGUAGAGACAGGUGGUAUUUCGUCUGUUUGAGGCUCCAGGCAAACCCAGUCGGCGUUUUUCAGUUGGCAGCACACUGCACUGCUGCUGAGCUCGUCUCUCUUGAUUUAGAUACAUGCAGUCAUAUUUUUAAAAUAAUACCCUAAUUCGGGGACCCGAAAGGAGUGUGAAGGCAAAGUGAAUCAGCGUCUACUGUUGAAGCUGGGCUGUUCUGGCCUUGUGAGCUGCCUGGGAAGGGAACCAUAUGCAAGCCAUUCUGCGAAGUAUAAGUGUAGCAGUUGUUUAAAGAUAUGACUGUUCUUUUUUAAAAAAGACGAUGGUUCAUUAUGCUUGGCACUGAUUCAUACGUGGGUCCUCGGUCCCCUCUCCCUGCCACCCAGGAUGUUGUGUGGUUCCUCAUAUGCUGGGGAAUGCCAGGUCAACCACUGGGACAAAAACGGUGAUGUAGCGCUUAUAAUGACAGAGAUCACUUUUCCUGAAUCUGUGCCAGUAAAUCAACAUUCUUCUCUACCCAUCCGCCUAUUUUGCAUUCUACGGACUAUUCAGCCCCACUGGGAAGAAGCAGGUACAUUCUGCAAAGGUCUACCAUCCCAUCAUAUACAGACAAAAGUUUUAAUAGGAUACCGCUAGGGCUAGGCAAGAGAUAUAGAUAUAGAUAAUGUUGUUGUUUAGUCGUUUAGUCGUGUCUGACUCUUUGUGACCCCAUGGACCAGAGCACGCCAGGCAAUCUGUCUUCCACUGCCUCCCGCAGUUUGGUCAGACUCAUGUUUGUAGCUUCGAGAACACUGUCCAACCAUCUCAUCCUCUGUCGUCCCCUUCUCCUUAUGCCCUCCAUCUUUCCCAACAUCAGGGUCUUUUCCAGGGAGUCUUCUCUUCUCUCUCUCUCUUUCUCUCUAAAUACCCAGAUCGAAGUCCAUAUUGUGAUAUCGGUUUCAUAAUUUUUGACCUGGCAGUAUAUAUUGAAUCAUGGUGUGUGCGUGCGUGUGUGUGCUAUGCAACAAUCACAAUGUGAGGGAAACCGCGAAGCCAGCCAAUUCUUCUCUCAAUCACAAGAGGAGGUGCUGGGGAAAAAUCACAAUUCAGGAAAAACCGUAAAGCCAGCCAAUGCCUUCUACAUAGCUCCAUCAUUAUUUCAGACAUUGUGAUAUACCGGUAUAUCACAAUGUUUAGCUAGUGAUUUAUCACAAUGUUGAAAAGCAGAUAUUGCCCACCAUGACCUAUUAUGAUGCAAGCAACAAUUUGUAGCAAAUUUAUAGGACUGGGCAGUCAGUGAUAGCAUAAUGUGUCAGCGUCCAAUUCUCAGUACUUUAUUCUCCUUUCAGGAGAAUAAAACCAACCUAAUGCUCUUCAAUCCUGACACAUCAUAAAAGACUAUAUUUAAUUUCAGCAUCAUUCACGUAUCUCUGGAAAGAAUUGUUCAUCUUCCUAUUUUGAUAAAAUCAUUUUAAAUAGAUGGAUACGGUAUUUUAAUCCGCUUUUUGGUCCUCUUUACAACGAAAAUGUAAUUAACAAGAAAUAGCAUGGGGUCAUAUAUUGCCUUUAAUUUACUGUUUCUGUGUGUUCCCUGCUGGAAAAUUAGGUAAAGCAUAUUUUACUCACAUUUACAAUGUUGUAGCUUAUGCAGCAUUCCUGGUCAGUCUCACCUUUGACACUCGAUCCUGUAAAGCUAUUAGAAGAAUUUCCUCGUUGGCUGGAGAAACUUUCUGCUCACCACCAAGGCGGCAUUAUAAUAAUUAUUGACUCUAUUGAUCGGAUCCAGGUAACAUUUGCAGUAUACUUGACUUGAUAACAGUACUGAAAAAUGAAUUUAGAAUUGUAUUGAUUAUUGUGCAUUAGCUAUUUCACCAUUCAGCCUUUUCGUUGCUAAUGGAUGAUGCUUAUUCGAUAUUACUGAGGUGGUUUUUUUAAAAAAAGUUUGGGAGUGGUGGGCCUAGAACACAACACUGACACAACACACACAACUCUUGCAACGCAUUAUGUAGAAGGGGGUGGGGGAAAUUAUAGGUGUUUACUGCAUUCCAGUGGCCACAGAUACAUAGACUUGGAAAGUGAAAACAUAUGCACCAUUUCAGGGCCAGAUUUAGGGUUAAUGAGGCCCUAAGCUACUGAAGGUAAUGGAGCCCUUUAUAUGCCCAGCUGGUCUUUGUCAACAACAAAUUGUCCCUGUUUUUCGUGUUGGACACGGGUGGCGCUGUGGGUUAAACCACAGAGCCUAGGACUUGCCGAUCAGAAGGUCGGUGGUUCGAAUCCCUGUGACGGGGUGAGCUCCCGUUGCUCGGUCCCUGCUCCUCCCAACCUAGCAGUUCGAAAGCACGUCAAAGUGCAAGUAGAUCAAUAGGUACCGCUCCAGUGAGAAGGUAAACGGUGUUUCCGCUGCUCUAGUUUGCCAGAAGCGGCUUAGUCAUGCUGGCCACCUGAUCUGGAAGCUGUACGCUGGCUCCCUUGGCCAAUAAAGCGAGAUGAGCGCUGCAACCCCAGAGUCGGCCACGACUGGACCUAAUGGUCAGGGGUCCCUUUGCCUUUACCUUUAAACCAUUUUAACCAUUACCUGAAGGUAAUGGAGCCCUUUAUAUGUCCAGCUGUUCUUUGUCAACAACAAAUUGUCGCUGUUUUUUGUGUUGAAUAUAUGCUCUAUGGUAAUUAAUGGACCUAACAGGUAUCUAAAGCCAUUUGCACAUGUUGCCAUGCAACCAGUCCAUGCAGAAUGAGCAAACCAGUGAUAUUUUAGGAAGCAGGCUAGCAGGCAGGGCCCAUUACUGACAUUAUAGGAGCCUACACAACACAAAACACUGUUGCUGUAUGUAGGUUUUAUUUUAUUUGUUUUUAUCUUACAUUUUGGCAAUGUACAUCCAUUUUUUUUCUUUAAUUUUUUGGGGGGCCCUCAAGAGAGUGGGGCCCUAAGCUAAAGCUUGUUUAGCUUAUACGUAAAUCCAGCACUGCACCAUUUUUCUGUUGGGGGCUAUAGGAAAUCCGUGCAUUUGUGACUUAUGGGGGCUGCUGAAAGGGAAAAAUCAGGGGUGUAACAGUUGUCCUGCGGUGGGGUGAAAUCUGUGUUCUGUUCAGCAUGCUUAUGAGUUUGAAUUCAACUCUUUGUUUCUCAGCAAGCUGAAAAGCAUAUGAAAUGGCUGAUUGACCCCCUGCCAGUGAAUGUGAGGGUCGUAGUGUCUGUGAAUGUUGAAACUUGUCCCCCAGCGUGGAGGUAAGUUUGUUCUGGAGAUGCUCAAAUGCAAUCUGCUUAAACUGUUCAGUUGGCAGGAGACAGGAGGUGCCUUUAAGUUGUCAACAAAGCGUAUUCUGCAAGAGCCUCUUCAGUCACAAACUUGAUGCUCAAACGGUGCUUGCAGCAUGACACCCUUUCCCAAUACAGUGGUACCUCUAGGAUGGGGUUGUGCAGGGUUGUUAAGGCAGCAGAGAGCAUUGUUGGCUGCCCACUCUCCACCUUAGAGCAGAUUUAUGCCACAAGGUGCCAUAGGAAGGCACUGGACAUAGUAAAAGAUCCAUCGCAUCCUGGUCACUGUCUCUUCGAGCUCUUGCCGUCGGGACGGAGAUACAGGACGAUGAAGACAAGAACGAGCCGUCUUAAGAACAGCUUCUUCUCCAGAGCGAUCUCGGCCCUGAAUGGGAAGCCCGGACUUUGAAAGUCAUCUAAUCUCCCUUGCUGUAUUAUACUGUAUUGAUUAAUUAGAGUUUUUAUGGAGCAGUCAAGUAAUUUCGUUGUCCCCGAAGGGGGCAAUGACAAUAAAGAUAUUAUUAUUAUUAUUAUUAUUAUUAAGAACUUAAUUCGUUCUGGAGGUCUUUUCUUAACCUGAAACUGUUCUUAACCUGAGGUUUUUAUUUUUAAUUUAUUUAAUCAUUUUUUUCAAUGCAAACAGCAACCACAAAAAACACAUACAAAUAAAAUCACAAUAACACUAAUAACACAAUUUAACAAUUCAGAUUUGAGUACUGAUAUACCUAUAACUACACCUUUUUAACAAUAUUUCCCCACGUCUCCUCCCCCUACUUCCCACCACUGUCCGCCUUAUUCCUUCCAGAUUUCGUCAUAUUUAUCCAUUCUUAAUUUGCGUUGAUAUGCAAUUCGUUUGUAUGUAGCUAGUCUGUCCAUAUUGUCAAUCCAUGUACUCAGUGGAAUCUUUUUGCGGCUCUUCUGAUUCAUCAAAACAAGUUUUUUUGCUUCUAAUAUGGCACGGUACAUCCAUUUUUUUUUACCCCUUGUAAUCGCCCACGUUUCCAGUAUAUAAUUUAGAAUUAAAUUCAAAUCCCCUAAAUAACAAUUUCUUAACCUGAGCCGCGCCACCGGAGCACGAUUUCUGUUCUCAUCCCGAAGCAAAGUUCUUAACCCAAGGUACUAUUUCUGGGUUAGCGGAGUCUGUAACCUGAAGCGUCUGUAACCUGAGGUACCACUGUAUAAGGAACAGGGCAAGAGAGAGAUGUAGGGGGAGCCACAUUGCAUUUUCCUGCUUGGGGAGGGAAGGAUUAACUGCGCUGAAAGAGGCCUAGGAGAUGAUUCAGAAAAGGCAUGUAUGGUCCUGGGACUCUAGCACUUCAGAGUGCAGGUGACAGGCGGCUUGUUUACUUGCUCUCGUAUCAAAAAUGCCAUGCAUUUUAAAGCUGUCUCAUGGGGGGGGAGAAGGCUAGGUUGUGAUUCAUCCUUGCGUCAAAGCUUUUGUUAUAUGCAAUGUUGUCUCCACAUAAACUGCAUUCAAAUAGGAACCCCUAUGCACCCAACCCUGAAUUAUGAAUCAUUGACAGACCCGGGAACUGGAAGGCUAAAUUUUCUUUUGUUGUGUUCGGUGUGCCUUACUUUUAGGAAAGUGUGCAUAGAAUUGGCAGUCUUAAUCUGGGCAUUUCCAUUUCUCAAUUUUUCCAGCAACAGAGCAAUACUAGAAGCAGGAGGCAACCUGACUGCUUUUCUUUUGAUGGUGAUGGUUUUAUUAUUAUACGCCACCCAUCCGACUGGGUUGCCCCAGCCACUCUGGGCAACUCCCAACAACAUAUUUAAACACAAAAAACCUCAAACAUUAAAAACCUCCCUGUACAGGGCUGCCUUCAGAUGUCUUCUAAAGGUCAGGUAGUUGUUUAUCUCAUUGACAUCUGAUGGGAGGAUGUUCCACAAGGAACAUCCACUACCGAGAAGGCCCUCUGCCUGGUUCCCUGAAACUUCACUUCUCGCAGUGAGGGAACGGCCAGAAGGCCCUUGGAGCUGGAUCUCAGUGUCUGGGUUGAACGAUGGCGGUGGAGACACUCCUUCAGGUGUACAGGGCCAAAGCCAUUUAGGACUUUAAAUGUCAGUACCAAUGCCUUGAAUUGUGCUUGGAAACAUACUGGGAGCCAAUGUAGAUCCUUUGGGACCGUAUUAUAUGGUCCCGUCGUCAGCUCUCAGUCACUGGUGUCUAGCUGCCGCCUUCUUGAUUAGUUGUAGUUUCUGAGUCACCUUCAGAGGUAGCCCCAUGUAGAGUGCAUUGCAGUAACCCAAGCAGGAGAUAACCAGAGCAUGGACCACUUUGGUGAGACAGGGCACAGGCAGGUAGGGUCUCAGCCAUCAUACCAGAUGGAGCUGGUAGUCAGUCUCCCUGGACAUACAAUUGAACUGUGCCUCCAGUCUUGAGGUAGCUGCAAGCACUUCCGUGGCAGUAGGUAAUGCACACCCAACAACAACAAUUUAAAAGUCUCAGUGGUGGUGAUGGUGGAAUGAGUCCAUAAAAUGUGUGGGCCACUUAGGAAGGUGGUGCUUAGUCUCCCUAUCAUCAGUGAUCAUUUGGGCAUGAUGCAGUACAGUGGUACCUCGGGUUAAGUACUUAAUUCGUUCCAGAGGUCCGUUCUUAACCUGAAACUGUUCUUAACCUGAAGCACCACUUUAGCUAAUGGGGCCUGCCGCUGCCACCAUACCACCGGAGCACAAUUUCUGUUCUCAUCCUGAAGCAAAGUUCUUAACCUGAGGUACUAUUUCUGGGUUAGCGGAGUCUGUAACCUGAAGCGUAUGUAACCUGAAGCGUAUGUAACCAGAGGUACCACUGUACAGUCAUACCUCGGGAUGAAUACGCUUCAGCUUAAAUAUUUCCGGGUUGCGCUCCGCAGCAACCCGGAAGUAACGGAGUGUGUUACUUCUGGGUUUCACCGCUCGCGCAUGCGCAGACGCUCAAAAUGACGUCACGCGCAUGCGCGGAAGUGGCAAAACGCGACCCGCACACGUGCAGACGCACAGUCGCGUCUUACAUUCGCUUCAGGAUGCGAAUGGGGCUCUGGAACGGAUCCCGUUCGCAUCCAGAGGUACCACUGUAUGUGCAAUAGCAUUUGUGCAGCCACAUUCGCUGUAGCACUGCAAGAUGCAGCUGCUGCAUAACCUGGAAGAAGAAGGUUGCCCCAGCAAAGUUAUACAGCUAGGGAAAUGUGGCAUCCUUCCAGAUCCUGUGCAACAAAUGAACAGCCACUGUGAUUGUGCUGCAUGGUAAUCUAAUCCCCGGAAAGGUCUCUCACCCCUUUUAGGUCUUUGUGCAGCAAGGUUGAUAAUGGCUGGAAUGUACCGAGGAGUAAAGAAGUGUUCCAUUCAUUCUCUUCUAAGUGUUCCCUCUUAGAAGAGAAUGGUAAGCCUCCUCCGUAUUUAGGGCUUUGAAAUACAACCAUUAUCUCCAAAAAAAUUUUAUCUCCUGUGCGCUAAUCUUGGGUAUGUGCAUGUAGGGACUUGCAGUACUUUGAUAUAGUCAGACUGCAUAGAUCAAAACUAUAUUGUCAUCCAGAGCUCAAUAGUAAAGGCUUCAAAUUGUGUAUUAGAUUUUUUUAAAAUAUACUGUUCUGGUCUUUGAAUCUGUUCUUUACAAGGAAGUGAUUUCCACUCUCUCACUGAAAGGUUGUGGCCAACCCUUCAUCUUGAUCCAUUAAAUGCGAAGGAUGUGAAAUCUCUCAUUAAUGAAGAAUGCAGCUGUGCGGACCUGAAACUGACAAAAGAACAGGUAUUGAUUCUUUAUAUGUGGGUGAAUGCUUUAGUCUGGGAGAUGUUAUCUACUGUCAAAGUGAGAGUCCUUGACUCAGGAAGAAAACUCCUAAAGCUCUACAUGGGUAACUAAAUUCUUUGUUAAAAUGAAGCAAAACGCUGUAAAAUGUGGAAAACCAAUAACUGUAAUUCACUCAAAGGGCUCGAUUCAUCAUGCAUAAAAUCCCUUUGGAAUUAUUUGGUUAAAAAGGUAAAGGAACCCCUGACCAUUAGGUCCAGUCGUGACUGACUCUGGGGUUGUGGUGCUCAUCUCGCUUUAUUGGCCGAGGGAGCCGGCGUACAGCUUCCGGGUCAUGUGGCCAGCAUGACUAAGCCGCUUCUGGCGAACCAGAGCAGUGCACGGAAAGGCUGUUUACCUUCCCGCCGGAGUGGUACCUAUUUAUCUGCUUGCACUUUGACGUGCUUUCGAACUGCUAGAUUGGCAGGAGCAGGGACUGAACAAUGGGAACUCACCCCAUUGUGGGGAUUCGAACCGCCAACCUUCUGAUUGGCAAGCCCUAGGCUCUGUGGUUUAACCCACAAUUAUCUGCAUAUAAUUGUGUGCUUGCAUUUCUUUCCUACCUUUUCUCCAAGGAUCCCACCCAUUUUGUCUUCUUAAUAACCAUGUGGGGUUGACUUCACUGAGCUUGACUAGCCUAAGGUCACCGGGUGGUUAUUUGAACCUUGGUCUCCCAGGUCCAACAGAGUAACCACUGAACCACACCAGCCCCCACUCCACAAAGCUUUGGCUUUUGUAGUGUUAGAUAGUUGAACAAGGAGAGAGAAUUCUGAUCAUCUACAUAUCUAUUUGCCAAAAAGUGUUAGCAGAAUUUUUCACCUUACUAUCACUUAAGCCGUCAUUAGCUCAACCCAAAUAUCUCAUCAAAUGCAAGGCAGCUAAACUAUGGUUUGGUAUGUCUGAAUUGGCAGAUCAUGGUUUGUGAUCAGGCAGCAAACCAGAAACUAUAGUUUAAAGUGUUUUUUGCACACCAUGGCCUGGGCUACAGCCAGAGUAAUUUUGACAAAAACCUAGUUAUAGUAAUUGUUGUACCUCAAGAGGCCACAACACUUUAGAAAUCAGGGUAUUUAGCAGAUGGAGAAAAAAGUAAGCAAGUCACUGUGAACCAUGGUUUGCUGGUAUGGCUUGGAAAAAACAUGGUUUGGGUUCUAAACUAUUAGUGCAAACCAUGGUUUGACACGAUGUGUGACCUGAAUCACUGCAUUCUUCAAACUAAAACAGUAAAAAAAGAUUGUGGAAUGAGUUCCCUGUGAGUAAGCAUUUCUCUGAGUGUGACAGUUUGUAGAGAAUACAACAUAAGUAAGCUCAGCAAGCUGCUCUCUAGUUUGUCCUGUUCUUUCUCUUUUCCCUACUGCAAAAAAGAUAGUCAUCUAGAAUGAUGGCAAUUGAUAUAGUAAUGUGGUUACAUUGCUUUUUUUAAAAAAACGUCAUAUAAUUUACAUUGCACCAUCCUGAGUAUAUUUUGUAUACUGCCCACAAUGUGUUGCUGUUCUUGUGCUCUCCUUCAUCCUGUAUAUUUGUGCAGAAUUUUCAGAGCCUCAUAGAAUAUUUAAUGUUUGUGUUCAAACCUACUCUAGGAGAAGAAGCUUGAGAAACAUGGUCAUUCUGCUACAACUUGCAAUGCCCUGUAUGUCACUCUCUUGGGCAGAAUGAUGGCUGGGUAUGUUGAAAUAAAUACAGAAACUGUAGUGCUUCGCAUGUGUUCUGUAACCAAAAACUGUGGAUGAAAAGUUAAAAGCUGUGUUUUUGGAAUCCAGAUCCACUAAAUUCAAUGGGACUUCAUCACUGUUUUUAGUGGGAUCUAGAUUUCACAGUGGCCUGAUUCAGAUAUAAUGCUACAAUAUUGUUUUAGCGCUGCAUAUGAACUGAUGCGGGCUUUAAGAUCCUGUGUGGAGGUCUUCCCCAGAGGAAUAUAAAUUUAAUAAAUAUAAAAUUUAACAAAAAAUAAAUUUUAAGGAACAAGACUCAGACUUGGUUGUCCUCGUCUUCUUUUGAAACAUCCACUUCCUGUUUAAAACUAAUCAUAGUUUAUCACGACAUAUGAACUGGAGGGAACUCUGUCUAGUUUAAACUAUGACCUGAUUUAGAAUGUAAACUAAAACCAUGGUUUAGCGCAAGAACAGAGGAGCUACCGUGGGUUCAUGAUGUCUUACAUCCUUCUACUCCUCCUCCCACUAAACUUGGACAAAGUCUAAUUUCACUUUCCACAAAACCUGGCUUGUUGCACGUGCACCCAGAGAUCAUCGGUUAAAACCAACUUUGGUUAGUUAAACAAACCAGCUUCACAUCCCAUGGUUUGAAUUUGGCUUGUUAAAAAACCUGAUGUGUUUGUUGGAAAUCGCCACCCCUGGUUUGUACCUUGUGUCAUGGACUGGCUGGAUGCAGAGGAAUGGGCGGGGGGGAGAGAGAGACACCAGCUGGGGAACCCCCCCAAGGGAAGAAGACUCAGAGCCAGGGGAUUGGUGGUGGGAUGACAAUGAGUUGUCCGGAGGGAGGAGAAAAAUCUGCAAAGAAAAACAAGCAAAGAAACUGUUGUAAUUCUUGACAAGUGUCAGCAGCAAGGCUUAUAUGGAAUCACACCAUAAAACAUUCAUCGCACAGAUGUUUAUGAACAAUCCUUGUUUUUGUUAUAUUUAGGACUCAGCUUGAAUAUAAUAAAUAAUCUGCCUUGCUUUAAGUGUUUUUGUGCUAGUAGCUUUAAUCUUUUUUUAAAAAAACUUAAAACUCUUACUUUAUAGGAUUUUUUUUCUAACCUGAAGGCAUUUUGCUUUGUGCCUGAUGUUUUGAUUCCCAGCCUCCCAACCAAAUUUAGAAACAUACACCAGCAGAUGUUUUUCCAGUUGGGCACAGGCGUGGCUGAAGUCCAUAAUAAAUAGUCAUUUUCUGUAGUAAUUUAAAUACUCGGUUUCAGGUGGAAUGUGUGCUUUCUUUUUAAAUCCUUUGUUUCCUCCUCCCCCUUCCCAGUGCUGGAAGUGCAGAAGACAUUGACGUAAUCCUUCAGAAGUUUUUGCAAUGCCAAGACACAGUGUCACUGUACAAGCUAGUUCUGAAUUCAGUCGAAGAAUCCUUGAAAAGUGAAAAAGACAAAAACCUCAUGAAAGAGGCAAGUUACGAAGUCUAAAGAAGCUCUAUUUUUUGGGGGGGGUGUGAAAUGCGUAUGUACUUUCAUAGAAACAGUUUUUCGUUAGUAAAAUGAAAAGCACAGGGUGGUGGUAAGCUCAAUGGCCCCAAGUCCAAAUUGUAAAAUCCACAUUUAGAUCCCCACCUUUCGCCACCAUGUUCAGUUGGUUAUAACAAUUGUACCGUAGUCUGUAGCACAGAGGGUUAAAGAUGCCAUAUUCUACCACAUGGCAAUGUUGGCCUCACUUUUGUAGACCUUCCCACAUCUCAGCAGAUUUCAAGGACAUGUACUACACACAUAGUUUCUGCAGAACAUGGACACAUGCACAGCAACAUGCAUGCUUUAUAAUUUAGUAGAUCAGGCAAGCAGUGCUUCAUUAAAACAAAAUUAAGUGCUUUACGAGAAGGCCCUGCCUUCAGGCUUGCUAUCUAAAAAUAAACUUUUCCAUUCCAAAGUCAAUGACCAAAUGCACAUUCAAUGCAAUUUGAUUUAUCAUGGAGUUUUAUUUGGUCUGGCAAAUAGGAAAUUCUGAACAGCUGAAAUGCUGACAUUUUAAAAGUCAGCGCUUGUUUAAAAGAUAAAUCCGUUCUCUCUUCAGUGCUCUGUUGUAGGUCUGCAGUGGCUAAAAUCUUUUGUUACGUCUCUUCAGAUAAAGUAUCUAUUUAAUUUACACUAAUAAGACAAAACAUUUGCAGCAAACACAAUUUAUGUUGUAGCCAGUUUUCAAAAGCAGUAAUUGAUAAGUUUGCAGUCAUGUUUUCAUCUUUCAACUCUUCUGAAAGAGCUAAGAUCAAAAUCCCUUAGAUCUAAAAUCUUGUAUGUCUGUCAGUCAUUCUGAAAGCUUCUUAUAUUGUUUAAAGGUAAAGGUAAAGGGACCCCUGACCAAUUGGUCCAGUCGUGACCGACUCUGGGGUUGCGGCGCUCAUCUCGCUUUAUUGGCUGAGGGAGGCGGCGUACAGCUUCCAGGUCAUGUGGCCAGCAUGACUAAGCCGCUUCUGGCGAACCAGAGCAGUGCAUGGAAACACCGUUUACCUUCCUGCUGGAGCGGUACCUAUUUAUCUACUUGCACUUUGCUGUGCUUUCGAACUGCUAGGUUGGCAGGAGCAGGGACCGAGCAACGGGAGCUCACCCUGUCGUGGGGAUUUGAACCGCCGACCUUCUGAUCGGCAAGUCCUAGUUUCUGUGGUUUAACCCACAGCGCCACCCGCGUAUUAUAUUGUAUUGUAUUAUAUUAUAUUGUUUAGGCACAUUUAAAUCUCUGUGCUGAGAUUUUUAUGAGGUUACUUUUCGUUGUGGGAACAAAACACUUUUUUAAGAAUGUAGACAGAACUUCCUGGAGAGCUGUCCAUCGUCUAGAUUCAAUGCUAAUGCUUAUUACGUUCAUUGUUUCAAUAUUUUUUUAGCCUGAUCCUGAAGCAUCUACUGGUUUAGUUCUGCUGCUGUGCUGUAUUAUUUAUUACUGGUCACACGGCAGACUCAGAAAGCAGUGGACGAUACAUUUUAUUAAAAUUAUUUGUAUGCUUGCGCUGUAGAUACUUUGCCUCAUCAGUGUUAGUCACAAUGGAGUCAGCGAAUCAGAACUGAUGGAACUAUGUCCUGCGCUGUCAUGGGAAGUGCUGGCCUCGUUAGUUUACAGUUUGCACAAGAUGUGCUUUUUGACGUACGGCUGUGGCUUGUUAAAGUUUCGACACCUUCAGGUAAGAUGUUCUUGCAAAGGCAUCUGACACCUGCCAGCUUCUUAUAGAAGGCAAAAUGAAAGAAUAUAUGCAUCUCACUCCUCCUCCUUGCAUUUUCAAAUAUUUUCUACAAAAAGAAUCUUUUAAGAUCCAUUCUGUUUCACAUAUCAUGACGUUUGUGCUCAAGGAGAGAAAAAUUAUAGUUCUAGUCCUGUUGGGAAGUUUUGUCUUCCUCUUUCUCUUGCACACAGACAUACCCCAGGCAUGAGGAAUUAUGUUCUUAAUGUAAAAUACAUUCCAGAUUUUUUGAUUUCCUUGCCUUACUAGGCUUAUAUUAAGCAGUUAAGUUAUGCAAUAUACCAGCCUUGGUUUUUCUUCAUUGCUUUCUCUGAUGAGACUUCGAAAUCCUCAGUUCACGAUUUACUAAUCUGAGAGAUUAUUGCUGCAGUCCUAAACCUAUUUUAUUAACUGAACCCCAUUGUACGUACUAUGACUUACUGUAUUUUUUGCUCUAUAAGACUCACUUUUCCCCUCCUAAAAAGUAAGGGGGAAUGUGUGUGCGUCUUAUGGAGCGAAUGCAGGCUGCGCAGCUAUCCCAGAAGCCAGAACAGCAAGAGGGAUUGCUGCUUUCGCUGUGCAGCGAUCCCUCUUGAUGUUCUGGCUUCUGAGAUUCAGAAUAUUUUUUUCCUUGUUUUCCUCCUCCGAAAACUAGGUGCGUCUUGUGGUCUGGUGCGUCUUAUAGAGCGAAAAAUACGGUAUUUCUGAGUAACAUGCAUAGGAUUGCAUUGUAACACACACUUACCUGGGAGUAGGUCUAAUUGAACUCUGUGGGGCUUACUUCUGAAAAGAUAUGUGUAGAGUUGUUCUGCAAUUUAUACAAUGCAACCAUUGUCUUCUGUGUGUUUUGUGUGGUUUUUUUUAGGCUUGGGAGACUGUCAAGCUGCAAUACAUGGAAGAAGGUCAGAAUGUUUUUGCUACUUUCAGAGAAAAACUCAUAGACUACUUCACCAUGCAACUAAGGUAGACUUUUCAGGAAAUUAGAAAAACAAAUAAUUCAGUAUUUCCUAUACAGUGGUACCUCGGGUUAAGUACUUAAUUCGUUCCGGAGGUCCGUUCUUAACCUGAAACUGUUCUUAACCUGAAGCACCACUUUAGCUAAUGGGGCCUCCUGCUGCUGCUGCGCCGCCGGAGCACGAUUUGUGUUCUCAUCCUGAAGCAAAGUUCUUAACCUGAAGCACUAUUUCUGGGUUAGCGGAGUCUGCAACCUGAAGCAUAUGUAACCUGAAGUGUAUGUAACCAGAGGUACCACUGUAGUUGACAGAUGGUUUUUAUAACUCAGUGGCUAAAAGUCUGAACUGUAAACCAGGAAGUUUUCAUCUCAGAUUUCACUUCUGCUAUAGACUCAGUGGAUAGAUUUAGGCAAAGCUUUAACUUGGGACCAGGGCAAGAUUUUUGCAGUAGGGUCUCAACUUGGUUUUAUCUGCUUUUUUUCAUCUUAUGUUAAAGGUGUUUUAAUAGUUGUUGUUUUUUCAAUAUCCUUUGCUUAGCUGCUUUGGGUGCUGUUUUUUUAGAAAGGCAGGAUAUAAAUUGAAACAAUGUGGUUUUAUCCAUCUAAGUUCCACUCAGAGGAGACCUACUGAAAAUAAUAGACCAAAGUUAGGCAUGUCUAUCAAUUUCAGUGGGUCUGCUCUGACUAUGACUAGUAUUAGAUCUAACCCAAUACAUUAGAUAGACUCUAUGCAGCUAAGGCAUUUUGCAGAAGAUGUGUUGUAAUAUUGCCCAAUGUGGAUGACUAUUUUAUCAACCCCUGUAUUUUGCUUUCUGCUCUCCCAUCAGCGAAGAGAGAGUGACUUGGAGGAGUGCGGAUGAACUCCCCUGGUUGUUCCAGCAGCAAGGGGACAGGCAAAAGUUGCAGAAGUGCCUGCUGAAUCUCUUUGUGUCUCAGAACCUUUAUAAAAGGUAAGAACUAUGUCUUGGUUUGCAGGUUCUUAUUGCUAGUGUGUCAUUUCUAAAUAAGCACAUGUUCCUAGAAAUACAUACAGACACGCUCAUUCCAGAUAGAAAUAUUGAGUAACAUCAUGAGUAUCUAAUUCAAGCACCCCAGCUGCUCAAGAGUUCUUAAUUCCCCUUCCUCGGUGCGAAUAGCAACAGAGGCUUUGGUUACAUUUUCUUUUUGCGCCUUAUUUCCCCCAUAUUUUUUGGCUCGUGCAAGGGAGCCCUGGGUUCAAAAGAGAGGGAACUGCCAGGACCUUUGAUGCUAUUGUGUCAGGACUGGGGAGAAUGAAAGAGAAUCUGAUAUGUGUAGUAAGCGGGAAGACUCUGCAAAAGAUUGUGGUAGUCAGACUUUGGGGGAACGAACUAAAGUGUGUUUUUUCCUCAGCUUUUGUGGGACUGACCAAUAAGGCAGAACCAAUGGCUGUGUUGAUUCAUCAUGCUGAGCCAUAGGUGAGAAUGAGCCUUGGGCUCAUGUAAGGAAGAGUUCAGAAACCUUAUAGAGUUGAGAAGACUCUCUGGUAGUAGAUCUGGGAAAGACCUGGCCUUGGAAAACUGCUUUCAAUGGGAGUGGACAGCGCUAGGCUAGAUAGCUCCUUUUGGUCAUACAUGUUUAUAAUUUAACAUACUUAAAUGGUGCAGCUCUUCUUAUACGGUUUUAGAGGUAGUUGAAUUAAGCAGCAAAUGACAAUUGAGAGAGCCCAUGUGUAUACUUGCGAAAGAGUUGGCACGUAUACUGAUUGUGAGGGGGGGAGUGUCAUUGUGCUGUCCUAGAGACCUCUCCCAAAACUUUGACACAUUUUGGAUAACUGGCUCACCCAGCAGUUCAUAACAAAGCGAGACUCAGAAGCCCUCCUAUCAAUUGCUCACCAUGGUGUAGCUUCAUAGGUUCCUGACUAGAGGAGGAGGAGGAUUAAAUUGGAUACUGUUAUUAAGAGCUUGAUUUCCCCCCUGUGGGGUAGUAAUUUUGGGGGGAUGAGCAGCCCUCAGACCUUGAUGGACUGCGUUGGCUGUUUUAGACCCAGCGUGAUGAACAUAAGGAGUAACAUAGGUGUCCACCAAAUGUAUUUAUGGGGCCAGAACCUUUAUUAAAUGUUCUAGAUAUAGGUAGGUAGCCGUGUUGGUCUGCCGUAGUCGAAACAAACAAACAAAACAUUCCUUCCAGUAGCACCUUAGAGACCAACUAAGUUUGUUAUUGGUAUGAGCUUUCGUGUGCAUGCACACUUCUUCAGAUACACUGAAACAGAAGUCACCAGACCCUUAUAUAUAGUGAGAGGGUUGGGAGGGGUAUCACGAUAAAGAUAUUUUUGGGCAUCUCACCUCUUGCUUUUUCCUGUAAGACCAAUUGCAGUCGUUAACAGUCGUCAACUGGUUUACCACACCUAUCAGCCAAUCACCCAUUCCCACCACCCUUCUGAGUAAUACCCCUCCCCCCCUCCCCCCCCUCUCUCUCUAUAUAUCUUACUACAGUGGUGCCUCGCAAGACGAAAUUAAUUCGUUCUGCGAGUUUUUCGUCUUGCAAAUUUUUCGUCUUGCGAAGCACUGUUUUAACAGGUAUUAAUGGUUUUAAGAAAAAGGAAACAAACUCGCAAGACGUUUUCGUCUUGCGAAGCAAGCCCAUAGGGAAAUUCGUCUUGCGAAGCAACUCAAAAAACGAAAAACUCUUUUGUCUUGCGAGUUUUUCGUCUUGCGAGGCAUUCGUCUUGCGAGGUACCACUGUAUAUAUAAGGGUCUGGUGACUUCUGUUUCAGUGUAUCUGAAGACGUCUGCAUGCACACAGAAGCUCAUACCAAUAACAAACUUAGUUGGUCUCUAAGGUGCUACUGGAAGGAUUUUUAUUUUAUUUUAUUGAAUGUGUUUAGAAUUUACUCCUUGGAACUUCUCCUGCAUCGUAUUUCCUUGCUUGCAGGGGCCAUUUUGCAGAACUGCUGAGUUACUGGCAGCUUCUUGGGAAAGAUAAGAGCUCCAUGGCAGCAGAGUAUUUUAGCUCCCUUAAACUUUACGAGCAAAGCUGCGAGGGGGAAGAAAGCAUGAUCUCUCUAGCUGAUCUUUAUGAAACUCUGGGGCGAUUUCUUAAAGACCUGGGUCUUCUCAGUCAGGUAAGUGCAUUUGGUGGGCAAAAGAGCAAAUGAAAAUCUUAUGUCCCACAGUGACACGGCACGGGUAUGCCAUUUUGCGCAAUGUUGGAUACACGGAGAACUGUAGUUUUCAUUCAAAUGGUUCAUUAUUUUUUGCUAUUACAGUAGUACCUUGGGUUAAGAACUUAAUUCGUUCUGGAGGUCCGUUCUUAACCUGAAACUGUUCUUAGCCUGAAGCACCACUUGAGCUAAUGGGGCCUCCCGCUGCCGCCGCGCUGCCGGAACACGAUUUCUGUUCCCAUCCUGAAGAAAAGUUCUUAACCUGAGGUACUAUUUCUGGGUUAGCAGAGUCUGUAACCUGAAGCGUAUGUAACCCAAGGUACCACUGUAUUUUUUAAAAAGCUUUAUCUAUUUUUUUAAUGGAGAUAACUAUAUUUAUCCCGGGGAAGAUUACGGUGGAGGAGAACACCCACAGUCAUUCUGUUAGGUCUCAAGAGACCAGAGAUGGAAUCUUCGGCUCACAUCAAGCCUCUUAAAAGACAAUGCAGACCAAUCUGGAAGUAGUCCGUUGAAGGACUGGCAUAGUUGUGGAAAGUGAUUGGAAAAACCUGUAUAAGGUGUACGCGGCAUCUCCCAACACCCAGAGAAAGCAGUGUAUUAUUUCCUCCUUUACAAUGUAUGGAACUACGUUUUUAUAUGGAGUCAAACAGACAGUUCGAUUCACCUAGUGGAAAGUUUUCAGAGUCAUAGUAUCAUAGAGUUGAAGGGAGCCUGAGCAUCAUCCUGUCCAAUCCCACUACAAUUCAGGUAUUUCAACAUGUGGUCUCCCAUCCAGUUUAAAACUGUACCGGACCCUGCUUAGCUUUGCAAAUGUCCUGGCACUUUUAUUGCAGCACCACUAGGAAGUGGCAGGUGGAAAGGUGGAGAGCUUUUAAUAGAAUUUCUUGGGCGACCCCACCUCCCUUUUUAAAAAAAAUUAUUUAUAUAUAUAUAUAUAUAUAUAUAUAUAUAUAUAUAUAUAUAUAUUCUUUUAUAGGCCAUUGCUCCUUUGCAGCGCUCGCUGGAGAUUCGGGAGACUGCCCUUGAUCCAGACCACCCCAGAGUUGCCCAGUCACUCCAUCAGUUAGCUGGCGUUUAUGUGCAAUGGAAGAAGUUUGGUAAUGCUGAACAGUUGUAUAAGCAGGCUCUGGAAAUCUCCGAAAAUGCUUACGGGACUGAACAUCUCAGGGUCGCUCGUGAACUUGAUGCUCUCGCAAUGUUGUAUCAGAAACAGAACAAGUAAGCACAGCCAGUUUUCUCCUUCAUCUCUCUCUCUUUUUCUCCUCCCUAAGAUGUUGCUCCAGAGUGGCAACUGGGCUGCAAAAUCUGUGGGGCAAAGAAAUUUGGUUUUGGGACACUGGAAGGGUAGUUUGGGGAAGGAGGUUGUGGAAGCCUUUAGGCUGGGGAGAGAGCCUCCCUCUCUUUGGGCGGACUAGUAUGGCAAGGGAUGUAUGCUAAUGAUGCUUUGAUGUUCAGCAUUAUUUUAUGUCUCCCGAAAAAUUAUAGAGUGGGAUAGGAGAUUGGUUUGAGGCAGAGAGUACUGUUAAAUUGCCUGGUAGCCUUCUUCUUUUCGGUCAUCUGUACCAACUGAUUUUGUGGGUCUUUUGAAAUCAGGUUUUAAGGGAUUUGUUUUUGUUGGGCUUCACAGAUGCUUGCUUCCAUCCAUGGGCCAGUUUAGAUAUUUAUGCUCAUGUUAAUGUGAUACAGUGGGUGUCGAAUUACACCCGUGUCCCACAUCUCACCUGGGCACCUGCAACUGUGCCUAAUUUCUGUAAUCCAUGCAGCAAUUGGAAUGAAAAGAGGAAAUGUGCUUCUGUUUAUACAGAAACCCAGUCACUGGUGGCUUUUUAUAGGCAGCGGCGGCUGCUGUGUCGUCCUCCAUAUAUAGGCCAUUACAGUACUGAAACAAACCCUGACAAUACUUGCUCAUAAAAUUGCACCCCAAGAAGUCAAGAUCUCCCACUAGCCUGGUGAGAAAGAAGGGUUAUAUCUCCCCGUUAAAAGCACUGUUGAACUCUUAGUAAGUUAGUCAAACAAAAUCGUAAUUGAUUUUAUUCAUUUUAGAUACGAACAAGCUGAACAGCUAAGGAAGAAAUCCUUAAAAAUUCAGCAAAAAGCUGUGAGACGUAAAGGAAGCCUGGUAAAUGUUUUAUUCCUUUGUUAUAUGGCUUUUGCUAUUUCAAGGCUUAAAAUAUAGAAGGUCAAGGCAGUGAGUUUCUUAAUCUCCUUUUUAGUAUGGAUUUGCUCUUCUUCGCCAACGAGCCCUGCAGCUAGAAGAGCUCACUUUGGGAAAAGAUACGUCCGAUAAUGCUCGGACGCUUAACGAGCUCGGAGUUCUCUACUACCUCCAAAAUAAUCUUGAGUAAGUACUGAUUCUGUAACAACCUACACGGCUUCCUUUCUCUUAGAACUGGCUGGGAGGGUACCAUUAUUCCUGGCAGGAGCAAUGCCAUACAAGUUUUGUAGCCUGCGUUCCAUAUGGAAGAAGGAACAUCAAAUAUACAAACUCAGGUUUCAGGUUUGUGUCACUGCUGCAUUUCCUACCAUUUUGAAGGAAAUGGCCAAAAGGAUUGCAAUUCCAAUGUGCAAGUUGUCAGGAGCUCAGCCUACACUCGAGUAGGACCCUGAAAGAGACACACGCCCGACUGGCAUGUUCCCUCCCUCCUCGUCGAUUGUUCGGGAGCUUCAUAAGCUUUCUUCAGCCUGAACAUCACAGCGACCGAUGCCAACAAGCAUCGGCACACUUAGGGAUCCGCAGAGUCUUCGCAGCUUGCGUAACAGACCUCAGCAACUCAGCUUUUGGCUAAUCUACUUUAUUUACAUAUAAACACACACACGGAGCACUGCAACAUGGCUCCCUCUCUCUCUAGCAUAGUCUCCGUCACUUCCCACUCUGUGGAGUCAAAACAUAUACCAUCAUGUGAAAGACAACAAUCCCAUGACUGCAACCAUGGAGCAGGAAUUCUAACACAAGUAUCUUCCUACAUGGACUUUGGGCCACUUCACACCUAUCUACACCAGUUUCAAAGUUAUAAGGCAGCUUGAUUUUUAUCAGCUUGGACCGAAGCAUAAUUUUGCAGCCAGCAUUAUCCAUAUGCAGGUGACACGUGAGGCAGGGGGCCAGAAUCUGCUGGACAAUCCCAAUCCCUCUCUACUUAUUUUUCCAGAUGUGUUAGGCUUCCUCAAACUCAGCCCUCCAGAUGUUUUGAGACUACAGUUCCCAUCAUCCCUGACCACUGGUCCUGCUAGCUAGGGAUCAUGGGAGUUGUAGGCCAACAACAUCUGGAGGGCCGAGUUUGAGGAAGCCUGUGUUAGGCAUUGUGUUCUAAAUGUGUAUGCUUAAUUUCAACCCUACCCCUAAUUUUCAUGGUGUCUGUUAUGUAGAGAAGGGCUACAUUAUGCACAUAGUGAUAUCAGAUGACUUCAGGACCAUCAGGAGAAAGACUGUCAAAUGUGGUCCUAAAUGCAGCGUCUGUUAUCUUAUUGGGGUUUUGAGUUUUCUGCUUUGAUUUUUGAUAAAAUUAGCAGAUGCGUAUCAGGGCAGGUCCAACAAACAUUGAGCAAUCACAGGUCCUGGGGUAAGUGGUGGUGCAGUUAUGGGAAUUGCUGUGUCCCUGGCUACCUAGAUCAUCUGUUUCAUUUGCAUAUGCAAGCACAUUUUAAGGACAGUGGGUAUUGCUCAUGCGUGGAGCAAACUCUUGAAUGAACCAGCACUUGCAAACAUGGUUAGGCAGAAACCUUUUUCCUUCUUGAAAGGAAAAGUCAAGGGUUGACAAAGCAAGCCAAAUUCCUUGCACAAUAUACUGAAGGGUCACGAUUCUUCAUCAGCAGUGGAACACACUGGCUUUGGAGUAGAAUUAUACCAUCCUGCAGCACUGGUAAAACAAAGGAUGUACAACUGCUCUGCAAGUUCUGGUAUGAGCUAAUCCACUUUUGAUGGAUGCAUUGACUAAAUCACUUACAGUUCUGCGUUUUCAGUCUCGCUGCAGCAGAUUUAAUGGUUUCCCUUACAACGGACAUUCUUCUAGGACAGCAGAGCUUUUCCUCAAACGCUCCCUGGAAAUGCGAGAGCGCGUUCUCGGUCCUGACCACCCAGAUUGUGCCCAGUCUUUGAAUAAUCUAGCAGCCCUCAGCAACGAGAAGAAGAACUACGACAAGGCAGAGGAGCUGUACGAAAGGGCACUGAACAUCAGGAAAAGAGCGCUGGCCCCAGACCACCCGUCUCUGGCUUACACGGUGAAACACCUUGCUGUGCUAUACAAGAAGAUGGUAAGAGCAAUAGAUGUGUGAAUGCGCUAUUCAUUUUAGGUGUCAGAAGCUCUCACCUAGCUUGGGGCUUUACGCAGUAGCUUGCGGUGACAGUGCGGUGGAAAUAACAGAAGCAGUAUAAAUUAUGCCAAGUAAAUUAAGUCCAGAGUAAUCGCACAGCGCUGCAAAUAGUGACAUUUUCAUUUGACUUCAACCAACGGUUGAUGACAGCAUGGAUUGAAUGUGCAGCAUUUCUAAAAGGAAAGAAGGCUAUAGAGAUCUGUCUCUCAAGCUCACGCUUGCUUUGUUUCCUAGGGGAAGCUUGACAAAGCUGUUCCUCUGUAUGAGUUGGCUGUUGAAAUCAGGCAGAAAUCUUUUGGUCCAAAGCACCCGAGUGUGGCCACUGCUUUAGUGAACUUAGCAGUUCUUUACUGCCAGAUGGUAAGUUUUCUCUGCCCUCUCCUUUUAUACACAAUAUCAGGGAUGGUUAAUGAAUGAUGUGCACAACAUAUGCCACAAUUCAAUGUAGCCAAUAAGAAGAGGGGGAAAAACACCAGAUUAAAAUCUCUAUUGCAUCUCCCUGAAGUAAAUAUAAAAUGCUGGUUUUAAAUAGGAUUAAAAAUGUGUGUUUUCACAUUAAUUGGAAGCAGAUACAGAGGCACAGCAUAGUAUUAUCAUAAGAUCUCAGGGCGGUUCACAUUUUUGUAUAGCUGUAUACUACUUUUUGUAAGGGACGUGGGUGGCGCUGUGGGUUAAACUACAGAGCCUAGGACUUGCCGAUCAGAAGGUCGACGGUUCAAAUUCCCGCAACGGGGUGAGCUCCCAUUGCUCGGUCCCAGCUCCUGCCCACCUAGCAGUUCGAAAGCACGUCAAAGUGCAAGUAGAUAAAUAGGUACCGCUCCGGUGGGAAGGUAAAUGGCAUUUCCGUGUGCUGCUCUGUUUCGCCAGAAGCGGCUUAGUCAUGCUGGCCACAUGACCCGGAAGCUGUCUGAGGACAAACGCUGGCUCCCUCGGCCAAUAAAGCGAGAUGAGUGCCGCAACCCCAGAGUUGGUCACGACUGGACCUAAUGGUCAGGGGUCCCUUUACCUUUACUAUAGUACUUUUUGAGCGCAGCUGCCAAUGUCUUUCCCCAUUCCACUUGCACAAGUCCUUGCUUGCUAGCAAACCCCCAGAGCAUGAUGGAACCUGUUAAAAAACCCAUAAGCAGAAUCCCACAGGUAUUAGGUUGGCUCGCUUACCACUCAUCGCUGCCCUUGCCCAAAUCCUCUGGCAUGCAGCAAGAUUUCUCUCUCACACACAGCAGUUUGGAUAUGAAACAGCAGGGUUAUUAUUUUCUCAAUGUUUUCCUUCACCUUCCUCCCUGACUGCCACACAAGUUAGUUCACAGGAAGGGAUGUGUGUCUUCUACUUGUCAUAAUUCGCAUCAGGCAGAUCAGGCUCCCUAGCAAAGCCCUUACUCACAUGGUUCCUUUGAGUUUCACAGAGCACCCUUUCUUAUCUGUUUAUAGCACAGGACAGAAUAGGUAGAAAACCCCAAGGGACACUUUACAUUGGAAAAUUCUCCUACGCAAACCUCACCUACCAUACAGUUUCUGUUUUUUGUGGUUUUGCUUGCAAAUGAGGAUAUCCAAGUGCUCUGUAAUAGCUGGCGAUCUUUGAAGAAGACUCAUGACUUCUUCAAAUGUUUUUCUUUUUUGGCAGGCAGGCAGGGAGACAGACAAACUCUGGCUGAAAUAUUUGGUGUUCAUUGCUUACAUUGUAUUCAUUCCUUUGGAUUCAGUCUGCAUUCAGGCCAACUUAUGAGCCCAGCUUUUCUCAUCUUCAGGAGUUAAGCCUUGCACAGCCUGUUUUAAUUCUUUGGCCUGGUGUCCUGGCUUAAUUUAUAAAAGUUGCAGCACCCGUUCCUGCCUUCCAGCUCUCAGAUUUUUAUCAUAACCUUAGCCAAAAUGUGAGAGUAGUUACAAGCUAUUCUCCUAGGCUCAGACAUCUUACGGUUUCCAGUAGUUGGAAUGUAAAAUUUUAAUGAAACUUAAGUGUUCAGCUCAGAUCUGAACAAACACUUUUGGCAAUACCUGUUAUCUUUUGUGCCCUAAUACUUCUAGAAAAAACACUCUGAAGCCUUGCCUCUUUACGAACGAGCGCUGAAAAAUUAUGAAGACAGCUUUGGGCGUAUGCAUCCUCGUGUGGGAGAAACAUUAAAGAAUUUGGCUGUGCUUAGGUAACAUUUAAUCUAACCAACCUACCUUGUUAUUUUAAAAAAGUGUAUAUGUUCACUACUUGCUUACUGAAUAAUCCUAGGUUCACACACCAGAUCUUUGCACCAGAGCAAAAGCUGCAGUAUGGUGGGAGGGUGGGGGGUUCAGAAAUACCUGACAAAGUUUCUUUGAAGCUUUUUAAUGUGAUACAGAAGUAGUAUAUUUUGAUUUGGGGGUGACUUUAAUCUCUAGAAAAGUGGGAAAUACGAGUUAAUGUUUGAUAACUUUUUUCAGUUCUACUACUAAUCUGCAAAUGUUCUGGAAUAGCAAUGUGGAAUGUUUUUUAUUCCUUUGUUUUCUCUCAACCCCCCCCCCCCCAGCUAUGAGGGAGGAGAUUUUGAGAAGGCUGCCGAGCUCUAUAAGAGAGCUAUGGAAAUCAAAGAAGCAGAGACUUUGUUGAUUGGUGGCAAGGCAGCGUCCCGUCAUUCAUCCAGUGGAGACACCCUCAGUUUGAAGAGUGCUUUCUCUCCCAAUGUUUUUUUGCAACAUGGACAAAGGUGAUGAUAAGGUAAAGGACCCCUGGACAGUGAAGUCCAAUCAAAGGCGACUAUGGGGUGCAGCGCUCAUCUUGCUUUCAGGCCGAGGGAGCCGGCGUUUGUUCAGACAGCUUUCUGGGUCAUGUGGCCAGCAUGACUAAACUGCUUCUGGCACAAUGGGACACCGCGACAGAAAACAGAGCGUAUGGAAAUGCUGUUUACCUUCCCGCUGCAGCGGUACCUAUUUAUCUACUUGCACUGGCGUACUUUCGAACUGCUAGGUUGGCAGGAGCUGGGACAGAGCAACGGGAGCUCACUCCGUUGCGGGGAUUCAAACCGCCAACCUUCUGAUCGGUAAGCCCAAGAGGCUCAGUGGUUUAGACCACAGCGCCACCCACAUCAAAUGGGUUUGUCUGAAUAAGAGGAGGAUGGCAGUGCCCUGAAACCUUUCCCCCCCCAGUAUUGCCGAAUGUUUUGCAGACUGUUCCACACAGUUAAAAAGUAGUUUUAGUUAUAUUGACACUCCAGUCCUGCAUACAUUACAUGGAUUUAAGUCCCAUUGAUUAUAAGGACAGGUAUCUACUUGCACUGGCGUACUUUCGAACUGCUAGGUUGGCAGGAGCUGGGACAGAGCAACGGGAGCUCACUCCGUUGCGGGGAUUCAAACCGCCAACCUUCUGAUCGGUAAGCCCAAGAGGCUCAGUGGUUUAGACCACAGCGCCACCCACAUCAAAUGGGUUUGUCUGAAUAAGAGGAGGAUGGCAGUGCCCUGAAACCUUUCCCCCCCCAGUAUUGCCGAAUGUUUUGCAGACUGUUCCACACAGUUAAAAAGUAGUUUUAGUUAUAUUGACACUCCAGUCCUGCAUACAUUACAUGGAUUUAAGUCCCAUUGAUUAUAAGGACAGGUACGUAUAUAAUCUAUAAUACCUUUCUUAGGUGCAGAGUCUUUCCAGCAAGAGAAAGGAGGCUCAGGUGAAGCAGUAAUGAUAGAGGUGCAGAAAGAUGGAGGUUCUUGAUUUGAGCAAAAACAGGGAGAUGCUUCCUGAUUGGGGCAGAAUGCUAAGUUGCAUGCCUCCCUUAUUUCCAGCCAAGUAGAGUUAUCCAAGGUGAGUUAUCUUCCACAAAAGGAACAGAGGCUUCCCCUUGUUUUUAACUCGCUGAACUCAAAACUGUCAUUUGUCCUGCAGUUUACAGAGGAAAGCCAACUUCAAACUGGGUUUUAUGAUGUUCAUUUGUUUCAAUAGACCAUAGUUAAGCUUAACCAGGAAUUUUGGUUUGGACACAACACAAUUGAAAGUGAUGGCUAAUGAACUCCUUGUGGCUGCACUAGAGAAGAUAGGGAGUACACAAGCCCAAGGCUUAUUCGUGUUACAUAAUAAUGAGGUUUUUUUUAGUUACAGCACCUUCUUUCCUUGACCAGGUAUAAAGGAUUUGUUGGGACUGAGCUGUCAAUCUGUAAUGUCUUUUCCUACUUCUGUUGGAUUUAAUGUGACUCUACAGUCAGAGCUUUUGAUACCAAGAAGAGGGCCUUCUCGGUGGUGGCGCCCGCCCUGUGGAACGCCCUCCCACCAGAUGUCAAGGAAAUAAGCAACUAUCUGACUUUUAGAAGACAUCUGAAGGCAGCCCUGUUUAGGGAAGUUUUUAAUGUUGGAUGUUUUAUCAUGUUUUUAAUAUUCUGUUGGGAGCCGCCCAGAGUGGCUGGGGAAACCCAGCCAGAUGGGUGGGGUCUAAAGAAUAAAUUAUUAUUAUUAUUAUAUCUCCAAAGUGGAGAGAAAAAAGAAAAAACAUUUGACUAUCAAUCUUUCUGUAAAUUAUGAAAUUUAAAAGCAGUAUUUGUAGCUGUCCAGUUAUACUUCCUUUGAGAUAUACAUUAAAUUGUGAGGAAGUGACACUCUUAACUGAAUAACCUGCUUUGUGUUUGCCACAUAUUCAAAAUCUAGAGCCGGGACUCAAAGACCAUGUACCAUGUACUCUUGAGCUGUGUGGGGUGCUUUUCUUUUGACCUUCAGGAAUGUCUUGUGUGUGGGACAGACACACAGCUAUAGUUCGCGGUUGGGCAUGAAGAAAUACACCAUUUAUUUUAAAAAAUUAUACACAUUUGAAGGCUUCCUAAUUUCCCUUAUCAUUUUUUGUUCCAUCUUACCUGGUUCUAUACAGCUUUGCUUUCUCGCAGUUAAUAUAUUCCCCUUGAUACGUGGCACUCCGCACAGGCCCUUUUAAGUGUUUACCCUAGCACAGCAACCAUAUUCAUGCAUGCUUAUUAGCAACCCCCACUGAAAACAAAUCAUACUUAUGGGUGAUUAUUGAACAGGGCUGCAGUAAAGUAAGUAUUAAAUAUUCCUUUCUUUGUAUUAGGCAUCAGGCUGAAGCAGUGGUAGCUUAGAAACAAAUGGUUCAAUUAGUCUUAACCCUAUUUGUUUGCACUUCAAUAAUAAUUUAAUCUGAAAUGUUUAUAAGCAAGAAGCAGGCCUUUGGCAACAAAACUUGUAUAUGGUAUAAACUGCACCAAUAUUAGUUCUGUUAAAGCUGAAUUUUAGAAAUGUUGGUAGUCUAAAUUUCAAAACUCUUGUAACAAAUUUAAUAGUUGUCAGUUGAGCACAAAGUCCUGAGGUAGAAAGCAAUCUAUAAAAGCACACAAGUAGAU